AAAGGAGGCAUAUCCCCAUCUUCCACCGACCCAAGCCCAGCCAUUGACAUUCUUGCCCGGCCGCCGUCGGAUCAACCGCUCGCCCUCCCCUCCCCCGCCCCUUGCUCUCCUCCGAGGGGAUCCCGCCCCCGAUGGGGUUCUUCCGCCGGAUCGCCGGCAUCUUCGGCGGCUCCAGGGACGACGCCGACCAUCCCGACGCCGGCGGCGGCUAUAGCGGCGGCGGCGGCGACGUUCCGCACGAAAAGGUGGCCGCUGCGGCGGCGGCGGCGGCCGCCGCCGGCCACGCCACGAGGCGCGGUUUCAGCGUCCAGGUGCCCGUCCCCGUCGACCGGCCGGCGCCCGGGCCCGUGCUCGUGCCCUGCCAUCCGGGGGACGGCGGCGUCCAGGGUUUUCGAUGGUACACAAGGAGGCUGAGGAUCGACGAAGACGGUGACGUCGCCGACGAGUUCUUGGAUGAGGUUCUCCCGGAAAACUUUGCCAAUAGCGACGUAGCUCCGGUCGGAAGGUUUCAAGUGAAAUACAAUACGAGACCAACCGCUCUAGCGAUGAGAAAGCAGACGGUCGCCGUCGAUGGUGACAUCCGCCAUAGCCUGGAGCACCAAGGGAAGCUCCAGUGGGUGUGAGGGGUGCAACGUGAGACUGAGUUCUAGCGCCGAAUCAAGAACGGCCGUCCGUGCCCUGCUGGCCCUAGGAGCAGAGUGUAACCUCCACCCCUUGCUGUCCGGAG